GGUCCACUACCCUCGCCUUGGUCCGCUUGCACACCAGAAAAGUCUCCGCAACGCUACCAGCUCAUCCAUCAAGAGUCUCUACGAUGCCAUUGGGCCUUGUGUCAGGAUACGAUUCUGAUUCCAGCUCAGGAUCAGAGUCAGGAUCCGAAGCCGGCCCGUCCAGAGCAGCAGCUACGGUAGCCCCACCUGCCUCUAAGCCCUUGCUCUCGAAUGGCAGCUCCUUCGCUUCCAAGCUCGGUCUGCCGCCUCCGUCGGCAUCCUCGAGUUCGUCAUCGAAGACAACCAGCAAUGGCCUAGCUUCAGCCCUUCCACCACCAAAAGCAUCACUAGCCUCGUCGCUACCUGCCGUCAAGUCAGAUGUCCCAGCUACGAACGGCUCCACCUCGAGCAAGCGCAAGAAUCAGAUCCGCAUCGAGUCGCUUGCAGACCUCCACGACGACAAAGACGAUGCAGGUCAAGGCAGCAGCACAGCCUCUGCUGCCUCGUCUAGCAAGAAGGCCAAGAUGGAAGGCAAACCCUCGAUGAGCGCUGCCAGCUCGCACGGGCUAUUCGGUAUGCUGCCCGCCCCCAGUCGCAAGGGACCUCCUACACCUCCACGCAAGCGGCAGGAGGAGGAGGAUGAAGGAGUAGGAGUCGGCGAGGCAAGGCUGACGUUGCAUGAGGAAGAAAGUGAUUCACAGGCACAAAAGGGAGUGAAGAAGGGUAAUGCGGAUUUCAGAGCGAUGUUGGGCCUCAAGCCAAGUCAGACAGCAGGCGAAGGUAUCUCCAAGCCCAAGGUGAUAGCGGCUUCGACCUCGUCAUCACGACAGCCUGAGCCGCCGAGAAAAGCAGCGCCCCCUAGGCAUGAGCCCAUUACACCAUCGGCGACGGAAGUCUUAAUGGCAUCAUCGAGGACCUCCACAGCCCAGGCUCCGCAACAAACUACGACGCCUACACCACCCUCGCAGCCACAGCCUUCUCAAGCCCCCAUCGACUUCUUCUCUCUCUCUUCCUCUUCCUCGAAGAGCCAUAGCGCGCCCAGUAAGCCCUCCCCUCUCCCUUCAUCCUCAUCCUCUCGUCUUGCAGUAUCCUCUGCUCCCUCGAUAGCAGAGGCUUCACCUUAUGCCGGCUGGCACCAGAAUCCAGACGGGUCCUGGGUCCCCGUCACACCCGAAGCCAUUCAAGCCUACGAGGCCCACCAAGCCUCUCUCGUCGCCGCCUCCUCCAACAACUUGCAAGCGGCAGGCGGUGACGCUCGAGCGGCAGAGGAGGCUGCGCGGGAGCUCCGCAAGCUCCGCGAACAGGGAAUCGACGUUGAAUCCCUGCAGUCUGUGGAUCUGGAGGCUACUCGCGCAGAAUGGGAGAAGAAACCAAUGGAGGCGCGUUCCUCCUCUGCCCUAGACGCAAAGUAUGCCGCUGCUGCUGGACUUGCCUCCCAGCAGGGCACCGCCGGGGUGGGAGAUGAGGAUGAAGAGGGAGCAGCCAGGAACGAAGGGAGAAAGAAGGCAGAGCUACCGGGUGCGAAGAAUGCUCGAGGUAAAGGGAGGGGACAACUCUCGAAUCUGAUUGCUCAGGCUGCUGAGCGAAAGGAUGAAUUGGAGCAAAAGUGGGCAGAGGGAAAGAGUAAUAGGGCGGCUGCUGGGAAUCGAUAUGGAUGGUAGUGGAGGAAGGGAGAGGAGGGAUGGGGUAAGAAGCAGAGCCGAGCCAAAUCAUACCCAUCAGCGCGCAGAGCGCUUUUACUACGCAGCGCAUUAUAUCAUAUCAUCCAGCUGCACAGAUCAGAGGUCGUAUAUGAACGUUGUGAAGAGGCUCACAGUAAUCGGUUGAUUGCAGUAGUGGGCGAAGGUAGCGCAAGGAUGGAUGACGAGGAAAAGGAGGAGGAGGAGCCCCAAGAUGGGACCAUUAUGGUGCUGCCUCAUAUUUGACCCUUGAUGUCAAUCUUCCGAUACUUCUCACCAGCCGCCACCAGUCCAGGCAGAGCAUUCUUACAAUCCCACUUUCUCUCCUCCAA